UUAGUCAACAACAAAUUGUUUUGAUUGGGGCGUGCCUUUGUAUCAGACAGGUUCUUCCACAACCUAAAAUGUUAUCGCGAUACAAACAUUUCGUUAAUAUUUUCAAAAUAUUUAUAUUUUUAUCAGUAUUCGUUCCACAAUGUAUGGGAGGUUGUACAAUACCAAAAAUAUUACGGGGAGCCUGGUUUUCAUGGGAAAACGGAAGAAACACUCUUACAGAAUUGGAUGAUACAACAAUGACUCGAAGGGGUGUGUGCGUGGAUUACCGUGACAAUUUUCACGUAAAUUAUAGCAUGGUAUUCAAAACUGGUUCAUGUUACACCUGUGUAAAACUUUUAGUGAGGACUGUUAAUGUUCUUGAGAAAAUGGAAACAUCUUGCCAAAACCUUUUGGAACAUGAGGCCACAGUAGAAAGAGUCUGCAGAGCCCUAGAUGUGCACCAGCCAUUGAUUACUUUGUUCUCUGAGAAUUAUGUACCAGUGAAUUGUAGAUCUUCACUCGAAGGUGUUUGGAAUUUUGCAUACCAAAAUAGAUUUAAAUUUACUGGUGAAUGUCGUAAUCCAGACGCCCAGAUUCGGUCUUGCCAAACGGCAGGUUCUCAGUUUUUGAUUACAAAUCAAAAAUUUAAUAUUACCUACAAGAAAUGCCAAGGAAUGACAGGAACUUUUGAUGGAGUUGUUGAAUACAGUUGUCUUGGUGAUUGGUUUGUGGGAAAAAACCAUUACUUUGCUGUGGCAAACACCAAAGAGUCUCGUAAAGAUGAAAAGUACCGUUGCUUUUUGAAAAAUCGUGACGAUGAUUUGUAUAUUGGUGUAUCGAUAACUGCGGAAUGUAACACACUGAAAACGGUCGAAAAGAGUCCUGAAAGGUUGCACAUCACUCCAGUUAAAUCUGAAAUAGUAGAGCCCGGUUGUAGAUUACCUCAAAAUUUUACUGGUGAAUGGAUCAACACAGCUAACAUUGACGCCGACAUUUUUAUUAAUGAGACUCACAUUAUUGAAACUUGGUAUCCAGAUGAAGGUAGAUACCGAAAAACAAUUUAUGUUUGUCGCGAACAAAGAGAUUCAAGAGUCAUGAUGUCUAGAUUAACAGUGGAUGGAUGUCAAAAAGAUUACAUAUGUUUUGACUUUGUGCCCCAACAUCACAAUAUUAUCCGUUACCGAAGAGGAAUUGCCGUUAUAAAGGACGAUUUCAGCACAGUGUGUUCUUGGGUACAGUUUCAGAAUAAGGCUAAAUGGAAGUAUGAUCUUUAUCUGAAGAAAAAUCCGGUUCCAAUUAAAUGUCCAGUAGCUGGAAAAUUCAAUUUUACUCAAAAAGGGGACGCUCCGUUUGUCACUCGUAUUCUUGGUGGUGUGACCCUGAGUCCUCGUCCAAAUACUUAUUGCAAACAAAACAUAUCGGAUUUCUCAGUAUGUGACACUGAACAAAAAGAAAUCGCCAUCGAUGAAAAUUAUUGUCUAUCCGUGGAUCAUUUGGGAAGACCAGUCGAUAUUUACAGCGACCCUGAUUACAAGCUAAAGUGCAUAGGAUAUUGGAAAGAAAACUUAAAAUCAUAUCUUAUAACGUAUGACGAGUUGGAUCCCUUAUCCAAAUAUAGGUGUUGGGUUUACCAAAGAUCAGAUUUAAAUAGAGUUUUAAUGUCUCAAGCUAUCGGACCAUUUUGCGACUUAAAACAGGACGUAACAUCUUGGAAUUACACAGAAGGAGCCUCUGUUGCUAUUGAAAUGCAGGAAUACGAAAGAGAACGUGACCAAUGUCCAAUGCACUUCGACGAUGGAACAAAUCCAUGGAUGAAAACAGAAAAUGCAAUACAGAUUUUCAAUUUUGGAUAUUUCAGUGGUUCUGCUACGAAUUUAGUAUCCUUAUUUGCUUUAAUGUUGGCAGUAACAAUAUUUUUAGCACCAUGAGAAAUUUAUUAUUUUAUGAACAAACUCGAAUCAUUCUGUUGAAUGCAGAUUUACACGUUUGGUGCCUUUAUUCAAUCAUGACGACAUUCAAUAUUGUAAAUAAUUUUAUUUGUUGACUGUUUUAAUUUAAGUUAGUAAAUAUUUGUAUUAAUGAAUGUGUUCAGAUGAACAAAAAUUAUUUUCAUUAUAAGUAAACAUUACUUAUUUUAUAGACACGUAGACUACUCUAUUUUUCUAUUUUCCUGUUGUGCAAUUGAAUGACAAUUAGUAUUUACAUGAUGUAUAUUAUUUUUUUAAACCAGUCUCAUAGUUGUAAGUUUAAAAAUGUUAUUGUGAAAUUAAUGAUAAUUAUAGAAAUCCGUCCGUUUUUAUAAAGCAUUUAUAUAUUUAAAUUAUAAUUGUGAACUUUUAAUUAUCCGUCCAACACAUAAUUAUUUUUUAUAUUUUGAGUACAAUAAAUUUUUUA